AUGACAUCAUCAUCGACAACAUUAGUUAAAGAACGAGACGAAUUUCGUAAGCGACUAGCUGAUGCAGCAAGUUUUCUUGCAUCAAAUGAGACGCGUCAAAAUAUUGAUAAAACCUCAUCACAAAAAAUAAGUCGGUUAAAAACUUUUUCAAAUUUUAGAACUCUUAAUAACUCGCCAAUUAUGUCUUCCGGACAAGACUUUUCAAUACUAAGAACUAUUAUCGAAGGAUUACAUGAACGUUUUCUUAGUGGACAAACUGAUCCAUUAACAUUAGAUGAAAUUAUAAAAGAAUUCGGUCUUACAAUUAAUCCAUCUGUUAGACAUUGGCUAGUUUCCCAAGCACUUUUAUCAAACGAAAAGACUGAUAUUAAAACAACAGAUGAUGUGCAUAGAUUUCAAUCAAAAGGUGACAAAUUUAUUCGUAGUUUGGUAGAAAGUGGCGAUGUUCUUAAAGUAGAAAGUAGUAAAAGAGAAGUUUUAUUUUAUAAUGAUCGUCAUAUCAAUCUUGAUAUACAUCAAGAAUUUAUGAAUGGAUGGAGAACAAUAUCAGUUGAACAUUUGACCAUGGAGCAGAUUCACAAUUUUUUUCGUGAAAAAGGACAUUUUAGUUUAACAACAAAUGCACCAAAACAAGCACACUUACCAAAAAAACCAUUAAAACGGGUUGAUCGACGUCCUGUUACAGUGAAGCAUAACCAACAUGUUAUUGAUCAACUCAAUGAUUAUUCCAAUGCAACAAAUACAAAAUAA